AAAAGAAAAAUGAGUCCCUCGAGGUUUUAGAUCUCGCCGUCUCGCCGUCUCCCCUCUCCGAGAACCCUAGUUUCCCUCUUCGUGCGGCGGCGGCAACCAUGGACAAGAGCAUGCUCGGCGACCUCGACAACCUCCCCGACGAGGACAAGAUGCGCAUGUCCGCCAUGAUCGAACAGCUCCAGAUGCGUGACAGUCUACGGAUGUACAAUGCGCUGGUGGAGACAUGCUUCAAGGACUGUGUUGACACAUUCCGGAGGAAGACUCUGGACAAGCAAGAGGAGUCAUGUGUCCGCCGCUGCGCUGAGAAGUUCCUGAAGCACUCCAUGAGGGUCGGCAUGCGAUUUGCUGAGCUUAACCAAGGCGUUGCCACACCCGACUAAUCAAAUGAUGUGUUCCUGCCCCUUCCAAGUUUCUAACAUUGCCCAUCUGGUCAGGAUCAGUUUGUAAUCCUUGAAAGUUUUCAGUACUUAAUGAACCCACUGCUGCUUAUCAUGUUAAAUAAAAUUACUUGAACUAUUGUAUCGAGCCCUUCCUCCCGUUAAGCGCCACAUUGUGCUACUUAAUAGAUCGAAAUAUAUCCUUCCUUUGAUA